AUGCCCACAGCCAUUCACAGCCAAACACUGUCUGUCGAUGUCAUUGCCGCAACACGGACAAGGGCGAGCAGAAGGCGCCCCAGUCAGGAAGAGGAACACAACCGCCGGCACCUGUUCAACCACUCUUCAUCCUUGCACUGCCCCCGUAGUCUGUCAGUUGAGCCACGGUUGCACGCACAUGGGCAAGCUGUCAGACACCACAGUGCUGGUAACACAAGCACAUCAGGCCGGCAAAGCACGCACGGCGAUCCUCUUGACGCCCAAAGCAGCGGCGCAUAUGCUGCAAGCACAAAGCAGCGGCACCGCGAUCUGCGGUCGAAGAUGGUGCUUCCUGGUGAGGGCUUGGCGUGCAGUGCCCGUGGGAAGGAGCUACCGCCGUGCGCCGCUGCCCAGUGCCCACGCACAAAUCGUGCCCCAUCCCCCGACUUUGAUCGCUGUCCAGCUUGCCCACGUCAGUCGUCGCUCUUUGCCAACUUGCACUCGCAUUAUCGCUGCGCUGUCCCUCCCUCGAAUCAACUGUGCGCUGGACUAUUGGAUCACAAACUUGCAAAACGCCAAUCGAUAAACAGGCCAAAGGAUACAUACGUGGUCCUGCUUCGUGGCACCCUCCAAGGCUUCCUUCCAAACAAUCCGCGACCGCCAUUUCUCUGGAGACUCAUUGCUGCCCGCAAACCAUCUAAAAGCUCACUUGACAUGUCAGCCGAGCCAACGUCCUCGGUCUACUCUUGCGCAGAUUCUGGUUUCUAUUCGGCCUCUGAAUGCUCCACACCACCCACGCCAAGUCUGUAUGCGCGAGGCCACUUUCGCUUUCCCAGCUCAGCUUCUUCGCUCUCGUCAAGCCCGCCAACCCAUGAGAUCAAUGAAGCUCCUAAUGCCUCAGGCAAGCUUCCUAAGCUGACCGAAGAGCCCAUUGAGCAAGAGUACCACUAUGGCCCCAAAGAUACACACCACUGCUCCUGUGACACCGAGAACGGUCAUGAGUCCAGUUGUGAGAUUGCCAGAGCCUAUGAGUUCCAGGACGAGUACUUCAGGUCCGUGGAUGCGGAGAUCCGUAUGGCGAAGCGUCGACGGUCCCUCGAGUCUUCAGCCAACAGCAUUACCAACAAGAUCGAACGCCGUUUCCCCUCGUUCUCGCGCAAGGUCAAGGAGCGCAAGAGGGCCUCGUCAAGCUUCACCAGGGUCUCACGGAGUGAGACACCCUCCCGUGUGCCUUCCACUCGAUCAUCGUCAAUUACUAGCUCCAUUCGCCAUGUUCAGUCCUUCGAUAUUUCUCAGCAAUACUCCCAGGUCUCUACUCCUGCCCAUAGCAUGGAGCACCUCAGCGAAAACAGUGCGCCCAUGGAGAUUGAUGUCGUCAAAGCCAAUGCUAUCGACAUCGACAUCGACCCCGAGCAAAUCGAUGCCGAACGCUAUGCUACCACGCCUCUUCUCCCUCCCCUGCUCAUGUGCCGGGACGUUAUGCCAACUUCAUCGCCUCUUCAGUCGCCCACCAUUGCCAAUACCGCAUACUCCUCUGCCCCGACGCCCCUAGCUACUCCACCAGCCCGCGCCUAUGCUACCCCCACCUUGUCAGCCAAACCGUCAAUGACUUCCAUCAGAAUAUCCCGCCCUGGCUACUCGGUCUCUUCAGCUGAUAUUCCACCCAUGAUGUUGGCGGACCCUGAUGACAAGUGGACCAAUCUUCUCGGCCACGCGAACUUUACCAUUCAGCCGGAACCCUACGUCCCCGAGCGCUGUGACGCAACGUCAUUGCGCCAGCUUUUCACUGACUGGGAAUCGGCCCGCUGCAACUACGCAAAGCACCAAGUGCGAACUGCAGAGCACUACGGUGUUACGUCGAAGCACUACACACUCACUGAGCAGAAGUGGGCGGAGAUUGACGCUGAGUGGAAGAGGAACCACGAAGUCGCUACUACUUAUGCCGCCGCUCAUGGUCAGCUCUCGCCAGUCGAGCCUCUGUCGCCUGCAGAGCCAGCUCCUCUUUGCAAAAUGCCUACGCUCAACGACCCCAAAAGCGAGGGGAAAUUCCCCAAGCUUGGCGACGAGGACGUUGUCGGCCCGAUGGUCCAGAUCGCGUCGCCCUUGAUGCUCAAGACCCCUUCGCGCAAGCGCGCGUUUUUCAAAUUCCUGAACGACCUGCUCCCUGGUUCUUUGCUCGGCCGCUCCUCGGCCGGCGUUCGAGGCCACUAG